CUCACUUUCUGAUGUUGCACGACGGGAAAUGCUUUGAAUACUUGCGACAUGGCCGCUUGCGUUGAUUGCCAAGAUUGACAGCAGAAACCAUCGUCUUCUCUUGUUUCUGUUAUACAGAGAGGAGAUAAACGUGACAAGUAGUUACAACAGCUCUCAGCAGCCUGACAGCUGAACUUCACAGCUCGAAGGGGCUUCCAAGCUACGGUCCGGGAAGCGCUACACUUUAGUUUCUCGUCUUUGCCCGAUAGAUUGCACAGAGCGUUAAAUCUAGCGUUUCUACCGAAACGGGAUACGGCGAGGACGAGCGUUUCCGUUUGUCACCCAGCUCACGUUAAGUUGCUGUUAGCUCUGGGUGGAAGUUCCCUCAUAAGGAUUUUCUGCGCGUGGAUUUGGAAAGGAACCGGUGGUCUUGCGCGAGGAAAGUGUAUUUCCUAGCUGGAUCCGGCAAGAAGAUAUCGGCUCGCGGACGCGUAUGGUGCCAGUCAUUUUCAUGAAUUCAAAAUCAACUUUCCAGUGAUCUCUGGGAGCUGGGGAUAACGUCAUUCAGUUUACACACCAAACGCUGAACAUGGAGGGCUUUUCUGCGUAGCGACUUUUUCCUGAGCAGAAUCAUGUCUUCCAAACAAGCAACCUCUCCGUUCACUUCAGGCCCUGAUGUCAGCGAGGAUGGAGCCAGCCAGGACCGCAUGGCCUGGGACAAGGAGGAGGGGGCGGAGCCAUUGGCCCCGCCCCAGCUGCCUCUGCACAGCCUACUGCACGGGAAGCCACACCCCGAGGAGCUGCCGCCGGUCAGCAACAGCGUGCCCCCUGAGUCCGACUGGGACAGCCUGGUGUCGGCCCAGCAGCGCAUGGAGUCGGACAGCAAUAAAGUAUGUUCCCUGUACUCCUUCCGGAAUAACUCUACCUCUCCGCACAAGCCGGAGGAGGGGGCGAGGGAGCGGGGCGACGUGCUGGGCGGCUCUGCCUUCGGAACGCCGGAGCGUCGGAAAGGAAGUCUAGCUGACGUGGUGGACACACUUAAACAGAAGAAACUGGAGGAGAUGACAAAGACAGAGCAAGACGAAUCCUCCUGUAUGGAAAAACUCCUCUCAAAAGACUGGAAGGAGAAGAUGGAGAGACUCAACACGAGCGAACUUUUGGGAGAAAUAAAAGGUACCCCAGAGAGCCUGGCAGAGAAGGAGAGACAGUUGUCCACCAUGAUCUCGCAGCUGAUCAGCCUGAGGGAGCAGCUCCUGGCCGCUCAUGACGAGCAGAAGAAGCUGGCUGCCUCGCAGAUGGAGAAGCAGCGGCAACAGAUGGAGCUAGCACGACAGCAACAGGAACAAAUCGCCAGACAGCAACAACAGCUGCUCCAGCAGCAGCACAAGAUCAACCUUCUCCAGCAGCAGAUCCAGCAGGUCCAGGGUCACAUGCCUUCACUCAUGAUACCCAUCUUUCCACAUGACCAGCGCACUCUGGCUGCCGCCGCUGCCGCACAGCAGGGAUUCAUCUUCCCGCCAGGCGUGUCCUACAAGCCAGGUGAUAACUACCCAGUGCAGUUCAUUCCUUCCACGAUGGCAGCUGCAGCCGCGUCAGGUCUGAACCCUCUUCAGCUCCAGCAGCUGUAUGCCGCUCAGCUUGCCAGCAUGCAGCUCUCGCCGGGGGCCAAGAUGCCGUCUCUGCCACAGCCUUCCAGCGCGCCUGGACCCCUCUCCCCUGCGCCCAAGAGCGAGAAACGUUCCUCCAGCCCACUCGCCCAAGUCAAGGAGGAGGGCACACAGCCCCUCAACCUCUCCGCCCGGCCCAAGACGGCAGAACCUGUCAAGUCGCCCACGUCCCCCACACACAGCCUGUUCCACGGCAGCAAGAACAGCCCCAGCAGCCUGUCCAAGAGUGGCAGCCUCUCCAGCCCACUGGCAGGCCUCGGCCGGGCCUCCUCCCUGGACAUCCUGUCCAACCUGAACUCCACGGCGCUGUUCGGAGACCAGGACGCAGUGAUGAAGGCCAUCCAGGAGGCCAGGAAGAUGAGGGAGCAGAUCCAGAGAGAGCAGCUCCAGCAACACCAGCAGGGCAUGGAGGCGAAGCUACAGGCGCUCUCCGGCCUGGGCCUCAACAACUGUAGGAGCGACAAGGAGAGGACUCAUUUUGAAAGUUUGGGACAUCAUCUGGGAAAACUGAGCGAGGACGGCAAGAUUGGCCAGAGAGUCAUCGACCUGACCAGGCCAGAAGACCUUGAUGGGAGUAAGGAGCUGAAUGGCUCUGCAGAUAAACCACAUCAGUAUUAUUGUUGGCCAACAGGAGGCGCCAGCACCACAGAGGCCCGGGUCUUCAGGGAAUCUCGGGGAAGGAACCCCAACGAGCCGCACAUCAAACGGCCCAUGAAUGCCUUCAUGGUGUGGGCCAAGGAUGAGCGGCGUAAAAUCCUCCAGGCCUUCCCCGACAUGCACAACUCCAACAUCAGCAAAAUUUUGGGCUCACGCUGGAAGGCCAUGUCCAACCAGGAAAAGCAGCCGUACUACGAGGAGCAGGCGCGCCUCAGCAAGAUCCACCUGGAGAAGUACCCCAACUACAAGUACAAGCCGCGGCCCAAGCGCACCUGCAUCAUCGACGGCAAGAAGCUUCGCAUCGGCGAGUACAAGCAGAUGAUGCGCUCACGAAGGCAGGAGAUGAGGCAGUUCUUCACUGUGGGGCAGCAGCCACAGACUCCAGUCCCCAUCAGUAGCAGUGCGGGCGUGGUCUACCCCGGCGCCCUAACCGCGCCCACCACCACGCCCUCGCCCCACAUGACCUCAGACUGCUCCAGCAACUCGGCUAGCCCCGAGCCCACCAUCCCCGUUAUCCAGAGCACCUUCGGCAUGAAGCUGGAACCCGGCACCAUGGUGGCCAGCGACCCCGUCAACGGUGGGGACGACAUGGACAUCUACGACGACUUUGAGGACGAGCCCAAAUCAGACUACAGCAGCGAGAACGAGACCCAGGAGUCCGUCAGCGCCAACUGAGCCUCCACCCACCAGCUGAGGGCUUGCUUUACUGCAGCGGGAGCGCAAGUACUGAAGGAAAAAAAUACGAAGAAAAAAACCCUACAGAACAAAUUAAAGAGAGAGAGAGAGAGGGAGGGAGGGAGAUAUAUGGAGAUGGAACUUGUUUCUGCUAAUAUAUCCUUUAGGAGCCUGCAUGCAUGUGUGGUUCCCACAGAUUCAACAGCUAUUUGGUCUUAAAUGUUUCUUCAAGUGUGAAGCAGUUUGAUUGUGUUUUAUUUUUGGCUUUUUUUAUUCUUAUCUUAUUUUAUCUUGUGUUUUGAUCAUGGAUGUGUAGGGUUAUUGCCUGUAAAGUUAGGGAGGACUUGAACAUUGAAACAUUUAAUAUGAAAUUAUAGCUCUCAGUCUUACGUUAUCUUAUGGAUAAAGUUUUUUUCUUUUUUUUUUUGACGCGUACAUAACUGUUUUUGAUGGGGUUCUACAGUUCUCUCAGGUAUGCUGUGCCAGCCAACAGCGUGUGAAUGUUUUUGAUUUGAACUAUUUAAAAAACAAACAAAAAAAAGGCAAGAAAACAUCAUUUGAAAUUCGAUGAGAAAGCAAGUCCUCACCCAAACUCCUCCGCCACCAUUUCUGUUUUGUUUCGCAGUCUAUUUUGUUACAAUCCCGAUGUGCCAAACAUUUCAUAAACCUCCUUAUAAUACCCUUCAACUUCAGAGUCUUAAGGGAGAGAUUGCGUGAGUCUUAGAAAAUCCUUCGCACAUCUUAUCAAACACGAAAACCUGGUCACAAUUCCUUCUCUGCGCUUCCGUAGUGGACUUCUCAGGAAUUUUGAGGCAGUGAUUUCAUAAGAAGGUCUCUCUCCGAGUUCGUGAGCAUCAGCGCCCAAGCUUCCCGGGAGGUGGCACACAGCGACCAGCCGGCCCCACUCCGCUCCCUGCACACCCGCCUUACCCGCCACAUUCCCAAUCGGAGUGAUUGGAAUCUGCCCGGCAUGCCAAGGAGCCAAAGGCAUCUGGUUAGCCAAGUUGGAAAGGCAGCCAACGGCAGCUAGCGGCAGUUUUGGUGACAUUACAAUCACAAAUUGCUGUUGUACACAGUGUACAGACACGUUCUCCACAGAGACCCCCCCCCCCCCCCGCCGCCGCACCCUUUUGUUCUAGGGAAAAGAAAUUAAAAGUCCCUAAGACUUCCCUUCGAGCUCACAGUCUUCUGGACACACCAUAGGCCUACAGUGACACAAGAAAGUCUUAAAUCUGACCAAGCCUGUUUGGUUUGUGCAAUGUGAUCAUAAGUCUUAAGAGAGUAACCAGUUUAUCUGGAACUUUAAGGCCAGUUUUGCUGGGGAUAGGUAAAGUAGACUGUAGCUUGAAAAUUAUAGCACUUAUACACCCCCCCCCCCCCCCCAAAAAAACUAAAUUAGGGUUGAUUAGUCCAUCUUUUUAUUUUUAUUUCUACUGCAUUAACAAUCAUGACUUAAAUAGAGGAUUAUAGAGAACCUCUGUUAUGAAAAGACUUCAGUGUAUCUCAAGAACUCUGCACGAGCAGGGAUCCAAAAAUUUGACUUUGAUGCUUUGUGUAAAAGCAGGGAGUCCCGGGAAGCAGAACUCAUGCCGCCAGCCGUGUGGAAGGACGGCCAAGUGGCGGCCGGCGGUCAGCGCCUCUUGUCGGAGGCCACGACCCCGUGGCGGGCCCCUGCUGCGCAGGCACUCGGCGGCGUCUCUGCCUGGCCGCUGCCCUCUGCCCCACCUCCAGGGGCUGCCAUCUGGCACCCGUCACAGCACUGCAGCCAGGAGAGGGUACUGAACAAUGGGGUAGAGGGUGGAGGGGGGCAUUCGAUUAUUGUGCUAUUUCAUCAAAGAUGUGGCGGAAGAGCCGUGGCCAGGAAGAGCCACGAGACGCUGGCGAGCAGAUGGAACAAGCAGAUCAAACUGUGCGGGAUUAUUAAAAUGACUGACGAGUUGGUAUCAUCCGAAACACGGCAUUAUUAAUGCAUGACGCCUGUUAUUUACCUCUUGCCCUUGAACACAUCGCCUCUCCGCGCCCAUGAGUAACCGGCCAAUUAGAGGUGAUGGGAUCAGGCUGAACGCUCCCCGCGGGGCAAGCUCGAGGCCGCUGGUCACUGCGCCGCCUCCGAAGGUCGAAGCGAUGCCGAGAGCUCUUUACGGCUUACUUCCCCCGGCGUCCGAGGCGUUAUUGUACUUGUUCCCAAAAUCGAAAAGCAGUUACUUCAAGUCUUAGAUGUUUUGAGCACUUCUCUAGUUCAUUUGAAUCGUCUUUAUUUUGUAUUUUUAGCGCUUGUCGUGGUUCUUUUAGAAGGUCCAGGACUUGGCGGGAGUUUCCCUUCUAGUAGCCUGAGAUGGUUUGGUUUGUUGUGCUCUGUUUUGGGUUUUUUUCCCCUCACAUAAGCCAAUCUGUCUUGUUUGAAGCUGUUUUAUCUGCUGGUAGUCUGGCAACUCGUACGUGUUUUGUAUAUAUUUUCUUGACCAUGCCAAACCAAUUUUUGGUAGUUGACAAAAGGACUGUUGUUGGGACUGAAACUUGAUUGCUCUUGUAUAAUGGAAAACAAAACAAAACAAAACAAAAAGAGAGAGAGAGAGAGAGAGAGAGAGAGAGAGAACUUCAAUCACACAGAGACAAUGUUUCAUAAGUGUUACAAGCACUGGAUAUAAAUGGUAUUUUUUAUCAAUUCUGACUAAUGUGAAGCCGUCGUGCGAGGAAAAAAAAACCUACACAAACAAAAGUGACCUGUUUGGACUCGUGGGCACACCUUGCAGUUCCCAGAUUUGAGUCCUUUUUCUCUCGACUUAUUUUGUUUAUUUAUGCAAAGACACGUGAUGAAUGAACACUUUGUUUAAGCUCCAGCGCUGCCAGCGGAGCAGAGAGCAGCACGCUGGACGGCAGACUCGCAGAGAGACUCGCAGAGAGACUCGCAGAGAGACUCGCUCAGCCCUGACUCUCCUGACUUCAACAGCGCAUCUUAAUGGUCAUGGAUGUUUGUGUUGUAUAUUGUAUUUGAACCUAUAUAGUGCAUAUAGACAUUUUAUUGUAUUUAUUAGCCACUGUUGGCUCUAAAAGUGUCAGUAGAACAUGAUAAAAGGACAAUCAGAGAAAAAGAAUAAAAACAGUGAGAUCUGUACCCGAAUUGGAGCUCAAAACAAAAGUUUCUUGUGAUGCCUUUUUCUUUCUUUUUUUGAUAAAUUCACCAUCUCAUCACAGAUUUUUUUUUUAUUAUUGUAAAUAUAACAUAGGAAAAUAGAAUUCUAUUUUUGUCCAUGGAUACUUACUGAAGUAUAAGUUAUGUAUUUGACCGUUUUGUGUGUGUGUGUGUAUGUGUGUGUGUGUGUGUGUAUGUGUGUGUGUGUGUGUGUGUGUGUGUGUGUGUGUGUGUGAUUGUGUAUGUCGGUCCUUGUUCUUUAGAAAACAAAUCCAAACUGACGAGUCACUGUACACCGCACACAUGCUUUUCCCUAACCCCUGCUGAGCAGGAAGUGUGGCCUACCACUUCCCAUGCACCUUGCUCGCCCGGGUUCCAGUGAUGAACCAAUCAAAACUCAUGCUUCAGAUCCCGACCUCUUUAUGCAGGUUCAGUGGAAAAUGCUGAGAGAGAAAGUGAUUCUUGAAAUCACGAGAGCAUGCACUUAGUUUCGAUGAGCUCCUUAUUAUACACAUAUCCAUGUGAUCUUUUAUGACCUCAUUUUAUUAGUUGCCUGAAAAUUGUUAAUCAGACACUUGCCAAAUUUUGGGUGAAAAUCAGAUGUAAUGAUUUCAGUGCUUCAUCAUCUGAGAAUGCGAGUGGGGUUCUUGGUGAGGUCUGUGCGUUCGGGUUCAUCCCUCCCUACGCUGAGUAGUACAGACACUUUCGGGGUCUCCUUAUAGCCCAUGUUGCUUAGUAGCGUUCAGUCAGUAGCGUUCAGUCAGUAGCGUUCAGUCAGUAGUGUUAGGCGCAAGUUGGCCAGCAGCAGUCUGUGUCAGGUGUGUGUUCCGCUCAUUACUAUCACUGCCAUUUUUAAAGCAGAGUAGGUACAGUAACUGAAGACAAAGUGUGUGUGGUGUUUCUACCUAUCUUACUGUAAUUCUUUUUUUCUGUCAUUGGACUUUUGUGAUGUAUAUGGUGGGAUUAUUCUGGGAUUAUUCUUUGUUAAUUUAAUCAGCACAAUUCACUGACAUGCUGGACUGACAUGCCAGCUGCUGUUCAGAAGAGUAAACAGCUGCUCUUGUUGAUGGUACUUUGCUUUUUAGAGGAUUUUCUAGUUUCUCAAGCAACACUGUGCGUGGUUCCACCGUCGCUAGGGAAGCCGUGGUUCCACCGUCGCUAGGGAAGCCGUGGUUCCACCAUCGCUAGGGCCGCCGUGGUUCCACCGUUGCUAGGGAAGCCGUGGUUCCACCAUCGCUAGGGCCGUCGUGGUUCCACUGUCGCUAGGGCCGCUCUUAUUUUGAACCCCGCUGGCAGCCUGUUUUGUUUGUUUGUUUUUUUAAAACUGUUUGUUUGUUUGUUUGUUUUUGUUUGGCAUAGAGACCGGUUUCUCAGCAGGUAUCUAGGCCCUUGGCAGGUAAUGUUCGGGCGUUAGAAACAUAGAAAUAGUGUCUGUUGCUGCUUUUGAAAAAACAUAAGUCUAAAAAUGUAAAUAGUUUAUCAUAUCUUGUACAGUCCAGUGUAAAGUUUCUAAUUGAACUUAAAAAGGUUGCCAUCACACUUGUGCUCACAUUCUUCUUUAUACAGUACAAAAGACAGCUAUUUGUUAAGGAUAUUAUUGUUAAAAAAAGACAAAAAAAGGUACUAAAAAUAUUUUCUGCUUGGCUUCGUAUGUAAACCAGCAACCUAUUGGUUUCCAUGUGCAGUAUUGACGUGAGGUAAACUAAAGAUAAAUUAAUUCUACAGUUGUAUGUUCAGAGACAAGUCUUCUCUGUAAUAGUAGUAUUAAUAUAAGUCAAAUAUACCAGAUCAGUGAAACAUUUUGGUGUUUUAGGCACCUUAGUGGAUUGUACAAAUAUCUCGGUUGUUCUCCCCACAGGAGACAUUUUGGCAUAUUGUAAUGUAACACCAUGUCUAUAGUAGGCUACACUCAGUCCAUUGACCUACCAGGGCAGAUAAGGAAGGUUCUGCUAAAUCAUUUACCUCAAGAGUUUCUCUUUUUUCCAUAAAAUUAGAUAAUAAACACACAUCUAGUCACACACAUACACUCAUACACAUACACUCACACACAUACACUCACACACACACACACACGCACACGCACACGCACACACAAGAAAAUUGUCUCACCAUCACUCCAUCUUUUGUACUGCUGUUGACACUUACAAAUUAAAGAGACAUUUUGUUUUAAA